GCUAGCAUUGCUGUGACUUGCAUAAGUCAUUAGAACCAUGCUUCUUCGUGCUCUAGCGCUCUUUGCAUUGUGUUUGCUGGUAUCGGCAACACCAUCAUCACCCCCUCCUCCUGGUUCAUGUUCAUCUGACGCUGACUGCCCGGAGGCAUACCCCUGCUGUAGUCCAUGGGGAAACUGUGGCAACGAAGCCCCAUGGUGUUCAUCGCCGCCUCCACCGCCUCCACCUUGCAAGUCUCCUUUAUAUGGUACUACUAGUGGUGGUACUCCCUUCAGUGGAAGUCUUACGAGUAUGCCACUGGAGGGGCUACGCAUAAUCAGCGGUUGUGUGGUUGAUGCCAUUCAGUGGAAGUCUUCAGGCUCUUCCUGGACUCAAAUGUAUGGAACUAACUCCUGUUCAGGAUGUUUACCAAGCCCGCCUCCGCAAGCUGGUCUGAGAGGCACACUCUACGAGAUCUCUUUGAGCUCGGAUGAGUACAUUUACAAGGUAUCGGGUACAACUGGAACAGACAGAACAUGCGGUACUGGUUGGGCGGGAGAAGGUGUUCUCUCGCUGACUGUGCAUGUCAAGAACACGAGAACCAGUGCAACCAAACCAUAUGGUCCAUUUGGUAAUUCGAAGAGUGGCACUUUCUUCGAAACAGCACCAGGCAACGUAGUCUCGUUCUUUGGAUAUGCAAGCCCCAGCUCAUAUAUGAAAGGCAUCGGUGUUAUCUAUUCGACGUGCCCAUCCAGUUCUGUUCAAACCACCCCCAUGGGGGCGUUUAGCAUCAUUUAAGGAGUUGCCAAACUAUGGUGCUAUGCCAAACUAUGUAAUACGGAUUUGGUGCUAUGCUAAACUAUGUAAUAAAGAUUUUGGUGCUAUACAAACUA